AUGUCGUUACUUUUCUUAUUAUGGCUGAUAGGAGCUUUCCAACUAGGCUACUGUGGACCACCAGACGGACAAGCGGUCAGAUACCUCACCACUUUCGGUUACAUGUCAGGACCAAAGGCACCAACAGGCGCAGCUAGUAAACCACUAGAGCCCACCAAGUAUGAUCUACAAGUAGCCCUCAGGCGGUUUCAGGAAGCUUUUCUGCUCUAUCCGUCGGGUGUCGUCGACGUGCCAACGCUUGCGAAAAUGUCCGAGUACAGAUGUGCCAACAGGGACAUGUACAAUGGAGCCGAGCUGAAGAAUCUUCCGAAGAAACUUCUCUGGAACAAGAAGACGCUACUGUGGUACCUCUCAGGAAAUCCGUCGUCGUUGACUCUGGCCCAAACAAAACCGAAGACCCGUUCGAAAGCUGAUAUUAUUAUUUCGUUUGGUGACCUGGGAGAUGUGUUCGUGAACGUGGCUGCUGGAUCUACACGACCAAUAAACAGCCAAAUAAUUCUCGUGAAGCACCAUCUUUGGGGCUAUCGGAACCAUGAGCCGAGAGGCAUCUCACUCUUCCAUACACUGCUUCAUGAAAUAGGCCACGCCCUUGGAUUACCACACAAUUUCUACAGAGGAUCGAUAAUGUACCCGAUCCUGAAACCUGCGAUGGUUCCAUAUGCACAUGAGCGACUACCAAUGUCGAUAAAAGUGCGCACUGGAGGAAGCGUUACGGUAAAUUAG